AUGCGCGUGAUGGAGAAUGAUAUGAAGCGGCCAACACUAUCCACCCUGCAAGCGGGAUUGUUGUUGCUGCAGCAAGUUAGACGGGCACACAACACCCUUAUCACUCAGCUAGUUGCCUUGGGCCAGACAUUAGGCAUCCACGUCGAUUGUAGUGACUGGGCUAUCCCGGGAUGGGAGCGAGGAUUACGGCGGCGUCUAGCCUGGGCCCUCUAUAUGCAGGACAAAUGGGGCGUCCUUUGUCACGGCCGACCAUCCCUAAUCUCCGACCGCAUAACUGGGGAGGGCGAAAAUGAUAGUGACUGGGAUGUCCGGCCUUGCACGGUAGAUGAUUUCUAUGAGAUAUCAAUCAAGGCGGAGGAUGUACCUUAUGGAAGCAUCAAUGCGCCAACUGGCCGUGUCUCGUUUCUGUACGCUAUCGAGCUGACUAGAAUAUUCAGUCAACUGCAGUAUGCGUUCUGUUCUGUCGGGGCAACGAAGAAAGGGGGCAGACUUGACAGAUUAGGCGCGACUGAGACCAUGGCACUCGCAGAGCCUUUCGCGCAGCAACUUCGGCAGUGGUACAUCAACCUACCCGGAUGUUUGAAGCUGGACACGACUGCACACGUGCGAAGCCUUUCUGCCAACGGCGCUUUGCAUAUCUCUCACAUGGCAGCCGAGCUCACCUUGCAUCGUGCAGUGCUUCGCGCCCUGCGACCAGACACUCCGCCCAGUCUCAGGUCUACCAUCCGGACUGCAGCUCGCGCGCGCCUUCUUUCAGCUUUAAAACUUGUGGAAAUGCUACAACCUAAGCACACGCAGUCAUUCUGGGGAUAUUCCGCCCCGGCACAGGUGGCGAUGAUUGGCUCCUUUGCUGGACUACUAUGGGCCACGAGUGCGGACUGUGAUGAGGCUAUCGAGUAUGUUCGUCACGUAGAACGUUUGCGGUGGGCGUUACAAAUACGCGGAUUGGGGGUUCCAUUCGUUCGUGAAGCUUUGCGGUUGCUUGACAAAGAAAUUGGCGACUUGGAGGCCUUUAAGGCUGCAACAUACCAGCGCUUCGCUUGA